UUAUAGAAACUUUAUGCUUCACACAUAAGGGUUCUGCAGCUUUUGAUAGACAAAAAAAAAAUCCCGUGAAAGUUGUUUUUCAUCGUGUUUAAUCACUUUACCUGAUCCUGAACAAAAAGCACUGUAAACGGUUUUUCUAGGCGGGGGCGGGACUUCCUGCUUUGCUCUGCGUCUAAUUGGUUGACGUCCAUGAAUACCGGAAGAAACGUCGUAUAAGAGGGAACAUUUCAAAUCGUGAACAAGAGGCGCUUCUGAGCAGCUGAGAGGAUUUUCAUUAUAUAAACAAUGCAGCGAGCUGGGAAAGGGAGGACUCCUCGAAGGCCCAAAAAGCCAAGCAACAUAGAGAAAGAUCCCGUGGGGGUUUAUUGCCGCAUACGUCCACUUGGUGGAGAAGAUGAGGAAUGCUGUGUUGAGAUGAUCAGCAGGUCCACCAUUCAGCUUCAUGCUCCCGAUGGACUGAAAGCAAACCGCAAUGGUGAAUACAAGGAGACACAGUACUGCUUUAAGAAGGUGUUUGGUAUUAAAACAACUCAAAUUGAGCUGUUUGAAGAUGUCGCCAAGCCCCUCAUUGAGGACCUCAUUCACUGUAAAAACGGUUUGCUGUUUACAUACGGUGUGACAGGAAGUGGUAAAACGUACACUAUGACCGGCUCGCCUGGAGAAGGUGGACUCCUUCCUCGUUCUCUAGACAUGCUCUUCAACAGCAUCGGGCCUUUUCAGGCCAAAAGAUUUGUGUUUAAGCCUGAUGAGAAAAAUGGAAUCGAGGUUCAGAACCAGGUUGACGCUCUGCUUGAGAGACAGAAGAGAGACAACCAGCAGUCGGUUCCCAGAACGCCGUCUUCCAGGCAGCGGCCGGAUCCGGAGUUUGCGGAUAUGAUCAACCCAGACCAGGCGUGUAAAUUCGAGGGCGUCGACGAAGACUGCUGCUACAGCGUAUUCGUGUCCUACAUUGAGAUCUACAACAACUAUAUCUAUGACCUCCUUGAAGAUGCUCCAUUUGAUCCAGUCAGACCAAAGUGGCUCGAUGGAAACACACCAGUAUGGAACAAAGAGUUCAUGCCUCCUCAGUCAAAAAUUCUGCGUGAAGAUCAGAAUCACAACAUGUAUGUGGCCGGCUGCACAGAAGUUGAAGUCAAAUCCACAGAAGAGGCUUUUGAAGUCUUCUGGAAAGGACAAAAGAAGAGACGGAUAGCGAAUACUGAGCUCAACCGAGAGUCCAGUCGCUCCCACAGUGUGUUCACAGUGAAGCUGGCCCAGGCACCUCUAGAUGCUGAUGGGGACCAUAUACUACAGGACAAAAGCCAGGUGAAUGUGAGCCAGCUGUGCCUGGUUGACCUGGCGGGCAGCGAACGCACCAGCAGAACCAGAGCAGAGGGAAGUCGCCUUCGAGAAGCAGGUAAUAUUAACCAAUCCUUGAUGACCCUGCGGACAUGUAUGGAGGUCCUGCGUGAAAACCAGAUGUGUGGAACUAAUAGGAUGGUGCCCUACCGAGACUCUAAAGUCACACAUUUGUUUAAAAACUACUUUGAUGGAGAAGGAAAAGUCAGGAUGGUUGUCUGUGUUAAUCCCAAAGCUGAGGAUUAUGAAGAAACCUUGCUGGUAAUGCGCUUUGCUGAGAUGACCCAGGAAGUGGAGGUGGCUCGGCCGGUGGACCGUCCGAUCUGUGGCCUGACACCGGGACGCAGGCAGAGGAACCAGGCAUUCAAAGAUGAGCUGUCACGCCGGCUGGAAGAAAGAGGAGGUCCUGUUAAUGGAGAUCCAGUUCAGCUGAACCAGCUCAUUGAAAGCCUCCCACCACUGCCUCCCUGCGAGCUCUCAGAUCCCUCUGAUGAUCAGACGUUGCCCCGUCUGAUGGAGGUUCUGGAAAGACGGUACCGUAUCCGUCAGAAGAUGACUGAACAGUUCAACCAGACUGCAAAUAAUAUGAAGUACACGCUCCAGCAGUUUGAGAGUCAGUUCAGUUCUAAGGAGAACGUACUGCAUGAUCAGCGAAGCAAACUGGGGGAGAAAGACAAAGUCAUUGCAAACCAAAGGACGGAGAUUGAACGACUGGAAAAAAAAUCCAAGACUUUAGAAUACAAGAUCGACAUCCUGCAGAAAACGACAGAGAUGUACGAGCAGGACAAACGCUCUCUUCAGCAGGAGCUGGAGGGCAGAGAGCAGAGGCUGCAGAAGGAGUUGGCAGAGAGGAGGCGCAUGGAGCAGCGGAUGCAGGGCAUGGUGACGGACACCAAGCUCAAAUGGGAGAGGGAGUGUGAGAGGCGAGUGAACGCCAAGCAGCUGGAGCUGCAGAACAAGUUGUGGGUGAAGGACGAGAAGCUGAAGCAGUUAAAAGCCAUCGUGACGGAGAACGGCGGCGCUAGCGGCGGUCCCGCCGAGCCGCCAAGGAAGCCGGAGAGACCCUCCAGAGAGAGGGAUAGAAACAUUGCUGAGAAGCGCUCAGCUUCUCCUACACCUCUCUCUGAUUUAGGCCAAACGCCUCUCAGCCAAAACCGAGCCAGUGUUAGGGGAGUUCAGGACCCCGUCCCCACCUCCGCUCCCUCCUCCUCAUCCUCCUCUUCCUCAUCCUUUCCCUCGGUCGCCUCCUACAUUUCAGAUUGGGAGCAGAGGUUCCCUUUAGAUUCAGGCAGCCAGUCUAGACAACCAGGAACGCCCCAGUUUGGCAGCAGGACUCCCACCCCAUGCCACGGCGCCAGCAGCGUGGGUCGCAGGAGAGGCCGCCGCUGCGCCCCAGAGACUGAGGUCCCUCAUGCAGCGUCUGUCUAUGAGCUAAACAAAGAGGCAGGCACAAGGACGAUUCCUCCGGUUCAUCCAAUGCACAGGCGCUCACACUCUGCGGGUGGGGAGAAAUGGGUAGACCACAAACCGGCCUCUAAUUUGGAUCUAGACACUGUAAUGCAGCCAAUCAUACCCAAUGCGAUCAAGGUGUCGACCCCGAACGAGAAAGCUCUGUCUAAAUGCCACAAAUAUGUGCUUAGACACCAAGAGCUUGCCUCUGACGGGGAGAUCGAGACCAAAUUGAUAAAGGGCAAUGUUUUUAAGACCAGAGGCGGAGGGCAAGCAGUGGAGUUUACUGAUAUUGAGACUCUAAAGCAAGAAGACCCAACAGCACCAAGUCGCAAAAGGCGAUCCGGCUCUAGAGAGGGACCGGCUCAAACAGACGACAUUGAAAACAGGCCUCCAGUGGCAAACAUCAGUUCAAGCCAUGGGUAUCAAAAACGGAGAAGACCUUAAGGUGCUGCAGAGGUUUUUUUUCUUUUCUUUUCCCUACACACUCAAACUGUUGCCUGUCAAAUCAGUAAAGGGGGAACUCUGCAUCUGACCGCUGUAGAACCUUUCUGCUAUUCCUGAUUAUAUUAAACUUUACUAUAGUGCAAUUAUAAUUUAAUCAUCGCAGAAUGAUAUAUAAAGUGUUAUUUGUUGGUUUUUUCCUACAAGUAGGUGCUUUUUUUUAUUGCUCUUUAAAUGCUGGAAACUCUUCUGCUUGAAGACUGAGAGGUGGUUAAUGACCACAUGCGUGCUGACUGAUUGUACCUUGUGUCUUUUGUCUGCUUUAUGCUGCCACCCAAAGUAUCUGUGCUGUGGAAAUGUUUGUAUUUUUGUUUUGUUUUUUUGUCUUUGCUUAUUUUUUUUCCUCGCGUCUUUUGAUGUAUUGCAUGUCGAGAGGUGUUAAUGUACACAUCUGAUCGCAAAAAACUAUUUUUAGGAUUUUCAGCACGUGGAUCUGCGGAUGUAAAAAUGUUGUGCUGUCACGCAGUGCAGCUGACCCCCUCUAAAUAACCUUUUUUAUCUUUUCUAAACAAGUGUAGCGCACUAGGAGUUUUGGUGGCAUUAAAUUUAUUUGGACACCAUGUUGUAAUUACUAUUCUGUCCUCAAAGAGUGAUUUUAGUUUUAUUUUCGGACCUCGAGCCAUACCGGGCUUGGUUGGCAUGGUUUUAACCUCGUUUGGAAUGGUUUCAGGACUGAAAGUAAAGUGGAGUAAAGCGCCGUCACAUCUGUACAUGCACAUGUAUUGGAAAUGGUGCAAAAUGAAUUGCGAAUCAAAAUUAAAAAAAGUUUUUUCAAAUUUA